CUCGCCGGACUCUCUCUUCUCCGGCCAACAAAGAGGAGAAGAAGAAGCAGAAGAAGAAGCGGUGGUUUGAUAUCGUAUAUUUCGAUGGAGAAUUCCGAGUUGGUGAGAGCAGAGCAUGAGGCGGUGGCGGAGCCAGCGCCGGAGGUGGAGGUGGAGGUGGAGGAGGACGACGCGAUGCUUCCUGGGUUCCGGUUCCACCCCACCGACGAGGAGCUUGUCGGCUUCUACCUCCGCCGGAAGGUGGAGAAGAAGCCGCUCAGCAUCGAGAUCAUCAAGGAGAUGGACGUGUACAAACACGAACCUUGGGAUUUGCCAAAGUUUAUGAUCACGGCGGGGGAGAAGGAGUGGUACUUCUUCUGCCGGCGAGGGAGGAAGUACAGGAACAGCGUCCGGCCGAACAGGGUCACUGGCUGUGGCUUCUGGAAGGCCACCGGAAUCGACCGUCCCAUCCACUCCGCCUCCCACCACUGCAUCGGCCUCAAGAAGUCCCUCGUCUACUACCGCGGCCACGCCGGAAAAGGCACCAAGACCGACUGGAUGAUGCACGAGUUCCGCCUCCCCGUCCCUCCCGCCGCCUCGACCGCCGUCGCCACCAAGAACGCCGCCACCAUGCAAGAAGCGGAAGUUUGGACGAUCUGCAGAAUCUUCAAGAGGAGCGCCUCCUACAAGAAGCAGCCCAACAGCUACAAAACCACGAUCGCUGCUCCGACGAAGUCGCCGCCGGAAUCCAGCAGCGUCACCAACUGCUGCGACCCUGACGACUCCGUCUGCUGCACCUCUUCUGCCGCGGGGCUGCAACUCGUUCAUCAACAAGACCACAUUAACAACUCCCCCGGCGCCGUGUUUUGGAGCUCUAUCAGCACAAAUGUCGGCGGUCAACCCCUGUUCCAGGCGAACUCGUCGGCCGUGAUGACCAACGAACAUAUCAUCAGCCCGAGCUCGAACGAUUUCAUGAGAGACAGCAUUUGGGACGAGCUCGGGAGGAUCUCGGAGUUCUUGGCUGAUGAUAUUGGAUUCCCUUCCAAUGAUUCUGGAUACGCCUCUUAUGCUCUCGAGAUCGAUAACGCGAUCUAAUCCGUCGCCGGCGCCGGAGAACAUGCAUAGAGUUAAUUAACUAUGAAUACUCUGUUUUAUUUAAUUAAUUAAGAAUAUAUAUAUAUAUAUACACAUAUAUACGUAUUCUAAUUUUAUUAAAGGGAAAUUAAUUUCUCUCUUGUAGCUUAUAAAUAUACUAUUUUACUUAUAAUCAUCAUCGUAUAAAUAAAAUUCAGUACUGCGA